AUGUGGAAAUUGUUGGCCUAUCUACUUAUGGCCUUUGUUGUGCAAGCGCGUAAUCUGCGGAAGAGACAGGCAAUAUGCCCAGAUGUGUGCGAUCUAUCGCGCUGCCCGUCAGCUCUGGAGUCUUGUUUUUUCGGCGUGGUGAAGGACAGCUGCGGCUGCUGCACGGUUUGCGCGGCGGGAGAGGGGGAUGCUUGCGGAUGGCGUGGACACGGAGUUUGCGGUCACGGGAUGACCUGUGAACAUCCACCGGGAAGGCGCGCCGCCGAGCGCGGCACCUGCGUUUGCGACUCGCACGAGCCGGUGUGCGGCAGCGACGGCAGAACUUAUCCCAGUAUCUGUCGACUGAAAGCGGAGAACAGACGGGCUGAGCUGAGCGGCACACCCGCUGUCAUCUUCAUCCAGAGAGGGCCCUGCGAGACUGGUUCUCGGAAUCCGAGCAGCAUGCGCUACAAAUUUAACUUCAUCGCAGAUGUGGUGGAUAAGAUUGUCCCUGCUGUGGUUCAUCUAGAACUAUUCCGAAGACUCCCAUAUUCCAACCAAGAGGUUGCUGUGUCUAGUGGUUCUGGGUUCAUAGUGUCAGAGGAUGGCUGGAUCGUCACCAAUGCACAUGUACUUUCCAACAAGCAACGUGUCAAAGUGGAGCUGAACAGUGGGAUGCUCUAUGAUGCCACUAUAAAAGAUGUGGAUCAAAAAUUAGACAUCGCUCUCAUUAAGAUUGACUCAGAUACUCCCCUGCCCGUGAUUUUGCUCGGCUGUUCAUCAGACCUGAGGCCAGGGGAGUUCGUGGUGGCUGUGGGAAGUCCAUUUUCCCUUCAAAACACAGUUACAACGGGUAUCAUCAGCACGACCCACAGAGGAGGCCAUGAACUCGGCCUGCAGAACUCAGAUAUGGACUAUAUCCAGACAGAUGCCAUUAUCAAUUACGGAAACUCAGGAGGACCCCUUGUUAACUUGGACGGAGAUGUCAUCGGCAUAAAUACAUUGAAGGUUACGCCAGGCAUAUCAUUUGCCAUCCCCUCGGACCGCAUUCGCCAGUUCCUCGCAGACUCCUACGACAGACAAAUGAAAGGAAGAACGCCGAGUAAAAAGAGAUAUAUGGGAGUGCGAAUGCUUCAACUUUCAGCUGCUUUGAUUAGGGAUCUCAGAGAGAGGGAGAGCAGCUUCCCAGAUGUGAGCUCAGGGGUGUAUGUGUAUGAGGUUAUUCCGGGGACAGCUGCAUAUAGUGCUGGUCUGCUAAGCCACGACGUGAUAAUCAGCAUUAAUGGACAAGCGGUUCAUUCUACAGAAGAUGUGAGUCAGGCUGUACAGUCAGGUGAAAGUCUGUCGCUCGUGAUGAGGCGCACCAACGAAGAAAUCACACUAACAGUGGUUCCUGAUGAAGUGGUCUGAGCAGCUGCUGUGCAGAUUUGCUUUGGGUUUGUACACCUCUAAGCAAUGCAUCAUCCAUAGCAUAUCCAUAGCAUCCAAGCAUACAUUACUUGAAAAGGAUAUUACUGUAUCAAAUAUUAUGUGUU